GGCGCCAAUGUCAGUUUUGCUCGUCGCGCGCCAAAUUAAUUUUAGAAUAUGGAUACGUCAAUGGAGGAUUUGUUUUCUGAUUGCGAUAAAUCUACUGCUCCGGUUGACUCAGAGAAGAAGAAAGAAAAUACAGAGAAACAAAAACCAGUUGUAUCCAUAACUGAGACAUUAAGAAAUGAGACUAUCAAAAUUGAGGGUACCUAUCAAACCGCUGCACAAAGUUUACAAUUAACUAUUGAAUUACUGAAAGAUUCUGUAUCUACUGGAUGUAUAAAUCUUGAAAUUCAUUAUCCCACAGCUGACAACAACAAAAUCAAUACGCAAACUUUACCUAUUCAUAUUUGUAUCCUAUGCGAGCAGAAGACUUUUAUCAAUAUACUUAGCCAUUAUUCACGAAGUAGUGCUGGUUUAGUGUCUUCUGAUUUCUCUACCUCCUUUACCUAUUCAUCAAUAUUUCCUUGUUCGAAACGCUUUAUAAACAUUCUCUGCAAUAUUGUUGAAGAAGACUCAGUGUCGACUCCUGAUUUAAUACGGCUGUUUAGUCUACCAAAUGGAAUAGUCUAUGCAAUAUGGUAUUCAGAGGUUACAAAACAGUUACACUGUUCAAUCGCCUUUCUACUAUCUACUUGUCAAUCAUCAAUUGUCACUUGGGCUUUUAUAUAUAACCCUGUAAAUAAAUCAAUAUCCUCCUCGUAUACUACAUCUGGAGGUAAUUCUUCAGCACAAAAUGAAAAGAAUACUGUCAAUGAUCUGCUAAUUGGUUUAACAAAAGAUGGUCAAGGUGUAGGCGUCUGGUUUGAUUCAGCCUGUAUUGAUUGUGAAAAGAAGAACUUAAACAUCACUGAAUUCAAUUUACCUAAACCGCCUGAUCCAAUUACUAAGUGUCGUACACAAGCAUCCUGGUUACAUAUUAUCACUCAAAGUGGACAUUUAAUAUCGGUACACUUUAGUUUACAAUUACCGUCGACGACGAUGACGAGGACAAUGCCAACAACCGUUUGUGAUGAUUUCAAUAACACCAGCAACAGUAAAUCAACAAAAUGGAGAUUAAUUUGUCAACCAACUAAUUUCCCCCGUUUGCCAAUUCAUUUAGCUCCUGUGGAUAGUGUAGACCAGUGGAUAAAAUCGUGUCCAAGAUGGCGUGAUCUUCGUAUUUGUGGUUUUAGUCGUUUGCCUGAUGGUCAUUUAGGUUGUGUUAAUUCCAAUGGAUAUAAAACACGUUUAAUAGAUGUCGUAAGUAAAGCAGAAAAUUCUUUUCAAAUAGCUGAUAUACACAAUGAAGAAAGUCAACAACUCUUUGCCAGUUUGGUAAAAACUCAACAUGAAAUGAAAAUAUACAUAGCAUGUUUAUAUCUCUUAUUGAAUUAUAUGAAUAAUGAGAAUUGUCAGGCUCCUUCUACACCUCUCUUAGAUUGUAAUAUCUAUUUAACUCAUAUGAUGACGAGAGGUCAUGAUGAUGAUGAUGAAUAUCAAUCGAAUCCAUCGUCAUUGGAUUUAAUUGUUGACAUAUCUAUGCUGAAUGCAAUCACUGAUGUCAACAUUGAUGACUUAUUCCAGUCUGACGUGACUAAAAUCACUCCAGAGAAUUUAGCUUCCAUGAUAUUGUUCGAGUCAGAGACAAAGGACAAGAAAAAGAACCAAAUGAUUUCAGAAUAUCUUCAACAAUAUUUAUAUAUUGUUUUUACAAUUGAUAUUGUUAAAGAUGAUUGUGAAUUGUCAGCUGUGUCAUCACCGUCGUCAACGCUCAAAGAUUCUGCCUCAGAUGAAGACAUCGAUGUAAUCAAUGAUUCUUUUAUUUACACACAUAAAGAACCGUGGUUUGGUGAUCGGAAAAAUACAUCCUCUCCCAGGUGUCGGCGUUUUAAAUUGCCGCACAAAUGGAUGCAAAUAUUUCAUGUACCAAACAAUUCAUCAGAAAGCUUGUUACCACCACCACCACCUAUAACUCACAAUAAUAUUUGUUUUAAAGUACAAGUUCAACUGGAAUUUCAAUCACCAAUGUUACCGUCUAUCCGUUUUGAACAAUCCAAUUCACCAAGGAUAUUUCAUACACGUGAAUUCCAUAAUAGUUCACCAAUUAUAGUUAAUAUUGGCUCUCGUUUAUUUGAUUGGAUACAUCUACUUUAUGAACAAAGGAGACGCAAUAUACUUAAAACUCCUGUGGAAUUGACAAAAUCAACACCUAUUAUGCAUAUUAAUGUAACUGAUUCAGUUUUAAAGUCAAUAAUAUCAGAUGCUUUAAAACUGUCGUCGUUGUCGUCAUCAUCUUCAUCAAAGAGUCGAGAUGAUUUUCUCAAAUCGAUUAUCACAAAUGAUCAUUGUCUACUCUACAGCUGUUUAACAAAACAAUCUGUUCAACUUCAAUGGUCUGUAUACUUAGAUUUAGAUAAUUCUGUUAUUGAUAAUGAAGAUAAUGAUAAUAACAUUAACACUACGACUACGACUACUUCUACUAAUAAUAAUACUAUCACUGGAAGUAGUAUAUGGUGUUGUACAAUAUCUUCAAAUUGUUUAAAAACUUUAUGGUUGACUUAUAAAGCUAUUGAAUUACGUCAACAAAUAUCAAAACAGAAUAAUCCAAUGGAAACUUUAAAACCAAGUGUUGAGCAACUUCGACUGGAAUGCUGUAUUUUAAAGAAAUUAUUAACCUCGCUGAAAAAUUUUAAAUCAGAUAGUGAGAAUUUGUUAACAUCAACAUCGUCGUCAUCUUCAUUAUCACAAGAAGAGAAAAUGAUGAUGAACUUUCUACUGGAUUCUUUUUCAAUUCUUCGGAAAACAGCCUCCUCUAGUUUAUUGUAUAGUAAUAAAAAAUCGUCGAUAUAA